AUAUAUAAAAUUACGAUAACAAAACUAGAUACGACCUACCAAAAUUAAGGAUGCGGUUUGUACAUUUUAUACGCAAUGGAACGCGAUGUAUUGGAGUGGAACUUAAGCAAGGAGGAGAUAUUGUUAACCUUACCGCAUCAGAUACAGCUUUCCCUGGUGAUCUGAGGAGUUACAUAGAAAAAGAAAAUGCCUUAAAGACCAACUUAAAUAGACUCCUGGGUAGCAAUCCCGAAGUGGUGAAGCGACAGGAAGUGACGUUGCUGGCCCCUGUGACGUCAUGCGACAAGGUGCUUUGUGUGGGCAUGAACUACAAGGACCACUGCGAGGAGCAGAACGCGCCGGUUCCGGUGGAGCCGGUUAUCUUCAACAAGUUCCCCAGCUGUAUUAUCGGUCCCAACGAGACCAUGGAAUACCCUGCUGAAACUCAGUGCUUGGACUGGGAGGUGGAACUCACCAUCGUCAUUGGAAAGGAAGGAAGAAAUAUCAAGGUGUCUGACGCGAUGGAUCACGUGUUCGGUUACACGGUGGCCAAUGAUUUGAGCGCACGUGACUGGCAGCUCACCGCCGGGAAGAACGGAGGUCAGUGGCUACUCGGAAAAGCCAUGUUUCAAUUCUGUCCCUUGGGGCCCGCGGUUGUGACUCCGGACGAGCUGGGAGACCCGCACAAUCUGGGACUGCGGUGUCGAGUGAAUGGCGUCACCAAACAAGAGAGCAACACAAACCAGCUGGUCCACAAGACGCGAGAAAUCAUCGCCUUCAUCUCCAGGUUCAUGUGUCUAAAACCAGGAGAUCUGAUACUCACCGGAACCCCUCCUGGUGUCGGCUGUUUCCGGAAACCACCGGAGUACAUGAAGAUAAAGAAGCUGGUGUGUGCAAUUCCUACUACAUUUCCGCGGUGACGUGGUAGAAGUCGAGGUAGAUGGUAUCGGCACAGUGACCACCACGAUAGCUUGACCUCACUACGAUAGCUUGAAACACCAUGUAAGCUCGCCCACCACGAUAAAGUGACCACCUUAUAGACUGCGAUGGACUGUGUCUAGCUUUGCAUGGUUGGGUUUUCCUAUGACACACAAUUAAACCGCCAGCUAUGUUUAAGUUAAAAUGGCAAUACUUAUUUUACUAAUUCAAGAGUCAGUGUGUUUUUUAUUUGAUGUGUUUAGCUGUACAAUUGUUGAGUUGUUUCUUGUCAAGUCAUUGUGCUAUUGUUCAUGUUUGAAUGUUUAUUGAAAAUUUGAAUCGCACUGUAACGUGAAAUUAUAUAUUUUAUGCUCUUAAUGAAGUAGAUCAAAACGUUCAUUUUAUUACAUAUAUAUAUAUAUAUAUAUAUAUAUAUAUAUAUAUAUAUAUAUAUAUAUAUAUAUAUAUAUAUAUAUAUACUAUGCAAAAUGAAUAUUGUCCUAGAUUGUUUUAUGUUGGCACGUUAAUAAAGGAUAUGUUGUCUAGAUAAUUAACUCGUUCUUUAUUUAAUGAUAAAACAUGAAACAUGUAAACGACAUACAUUGCUAUUUCACAAUAGCCAGGCACAGUAUUGUGCAGACACAACAUGGCCUACAGACGUUCUUUUUCGAGAAGUUUAUUUGCAUUUGAACAGCAGACUUUUUUUUCUAACAUUGGAAUGUAAUUUGCGGAAUUGUUUGGCUGUGGUUUUAUUAAGAAUGUUUUCAGAUUAGCGAUUCGUUUACAGCUGUAUGUGUAUUGCCAACUGUUUAUGCUUCAAGCCUUUCGCAACUCUGGUCUCAAGUGAUAUAUAUUGAUCAGCCAAACUAAUGAUUGUUUAAUUGAGCCGUUUUUGAAAGUGUUAAUAUGAUUGUGAGUAAUGUUACGGCCGCAAAAAUGGGUGGUUUUGCCUGAAGGCGACGGGAUGAGUGCGUUAUUUGUCUGAACAACAGAGUUGCAUGCUCUGAGCUGGCAUAUGCGUUAACCGAUACACCAUAGAUAUUUUUAUGACCGCAUAGCUUUUUAUUUUUUACAGUGCCAUUCGAUAUAAAUAGCAUACAAAGUGAAUUUCGCUGCUACUUUGUAUUAUUCCAUGCCAAUUCGCUUAUGUUCUGUUGUUUUUCCCCUCGUAAUAAACUCGGUUUGUUGAACAGCAUCGAUAAUUGAUCGCGACUUUAAUGUGCUGGUUAAUACAUCUCUAUACGAUAGGUUGUUUUACUCUAACUCCUGAAAAUGCGGUUGUUUGAAGCGCAACAAUACGUGUUGGCGUUAUAGCAUAAAGCAACUUCAAUCCAGUAAUACUUAAUAUACCGUUACUCUUAUUGUUAAAUCAUCCACAAUUAACAUCUUAAUAAUGUAAACAUCCACAGGAAACAUUUUGUAAUGAUAUACUUACGCUAGCAUCUGCAAUCCUUUUAUUAGCUGAGCACAACGUGCUCAUGGUGAGCUUGUGUUAUACCUUGAUGUCCGCCGGUAUGUCCGUGUGUCAACAUUUAAUUCGAAGGACAAUUCGCCUGAACGGGUGUGAAAAUGUUUUACGUGGAUGUUCCUCAGUGUGUUUGUGUGUGUGCGGGUGUGUGUGUGUGUGUGUGACUGGGGGGAGGGGGUCAGUCCUCUAGUCAGAGGACUAGUCAGUCUAGUCAGUCCAAGGUUUCCUAUUUGGUAUUUACCAUAAUCUAGAGGACCUCUACAACAUUUGUCUAAAUUAUGCCUUUAGAGUCAAAACCGGAACCACGUCAAGAGUUACCCGUUUCAAAUAGACUUAUAAAGAGAACAUCUUGCUUUGAAUUGACGUAUAGAGCAAAGUAACUUCAAAAAGCUUUACAAAAACGAGGAUUUGUAAAUAUUGGUAAUCAAAGUCCUGUACUAAGUGCCUUCAACACUUGCCCAUGUCGUCAAAAGAGUAACAAACUACAAGUCUCGAGCAUUAUAACUUUUCUACAGUUUCUAAAUUCAACGUUCAAUGAUCCUCGUGGUAAUCUUAUUCAGCUUACUGAUUCCAGUUCAGAUGUAUGUAUUUUGAGAACAAGGCUUGUACGAGAUUAGAUGUAAGUAUUGUGGGAACUAUGCUGUUGCCAGAUUAGAUGUAUGUAUUUUGAGAACUAGGCUGGUACCAGAUUAGAUGUGAGUAUUGUGAGGACACGCCUGAUACCAGAUCAGAUGUAUGUAUUUUGAGAAUUAGGCUGGUACCAGCUAAGAUGUAUGUUUAGUGAGAACUAGGCUGGUACCAGAUCAGGUGUAUGUAUUGUGAAAACUAGACAGGUACCAGAUCAGGUGUAAGAUUUGUCAGAACUAGGCUGGUAUCAGAUCAGAUGUAUGUAUUGUGAGAACUAAGCGGGUUCCAGAUUAUAUGUAUCUAUUGUGAGAACUAGUCUGGUACCAGACCAGAUGUAUGUAUUGUCAGAACUAGGCUGGUACCAGAUCAGAUGUAUGUAUUUUAUGAACUAGGCUGGUCCCAGAUCAGAUGUAUGUAUAGUGAGAACUAGGCUAGUACCGGAGCAGAUGUAUGUAUUUUGAGAACUAGGCUGGUACCAGAUAAAAUGUUUGUAUUGUGAGUUCUUGGCUGGUACCAGAUCAGAUGUAAGUAUUGUGAGAACAAGGCUGGUACCAGAUCAGAUGUAUGUACACUGAGAAAUAGGCUGGUACCAGAUUAGAUGUAAAUAUUGUGAGAACUAGGCUGGUACCAGAUCAGAUGGAUGAAUUGUUAGAACUAGGCUGGUACCAGAUCAGAUGUAAGUAUUGUGAGAACUAUGCUGUUACCAGAUCAGAUGUAAGUAUUGUGAGAACUAGGCUGGUACCAGAUCAGAUGGAUGAAUUGUUAGAACUAGGCUGGUACCAGAUCCGAUGUAAGUAUUGUGAGAACAAGGCUGGUACCAGAUCAGAUGUAUGUACAGUGAGAACUAGGCUGGUACCAGAUUAGAUGUUAGUAUUGUGAGAUCUAUGCUGGUACCAGAUCAGAUGUAUGUAUUGUGAGAACCAGGCGGGUACCAGAUCAGAUGUAUUUUAAAAUCUAGGCUGGUACUUGAUCAGAUGUCAGUAUUGUGAGGACUAGGCUGGUACCAGAUCAGAUGUUUGUAUUGGGAGAACUUGGCUACUACCAGAUCAGAUGUAUUUAUUGUGAGAACUAGUCUUGUGCCAGAUAAGAUGUUUGUAUUGUGAGAACUUGAUUGGUACCACAGGGGCCAGUCAAAAAAAAGUAUAUAUAAGAAAAAGGAAAAGGGCACCAACGCAAUCCUACUACCGGACAUGAAUUCCAAUGCACUGCUACACAAUUCAUAUGUUUAUCAACAAAAACUAUGCACAGAUUUACAGCAAAAUAAUUAUCUUUCAAAUGGUACCUCUGUCAUUCCAUUCGACGCAGUAUUAAACUUUCCACAUGGCCUCAAACACGUUAAAUUGUCCAAAAUUCGGUCGAUGUAGCUAAGCCUGUCCACUUGUGUUUACACUGGAGGAGUCCUGUUAGGCACGUCAUAAGCGAUUCCCCGAUAAAUUGUCUAUGUCUCCAUAUAAAACACACCCAGACUCGUUUUCACACACAAUAAUUCUUAACGUCAAAAGCAACCAUUUGCCGGUGUCAAUGUCAAUUGUUACCUUACCUUUGAACUUUUUACAAUUUCAACCAAUCAAAUAACGGCGUUCCAAAAUCUGCGCGAUGCGGUCGGAAAAUGGCUGCUUUUGACAUUUAGAAUUAUUGUGUAUGAAAACGAGUUGAUUUCUUGGCUAAUAUUCGGAAACCAAGCGAGUUAUUGACGUGGUUAGUGUUCCUUAUAUAUAUACUCUUUUUUUACUGGCCCCUGUGAGUGGUACCAGGUCAGAUGUAUGUAUUGUGAGAAUAGGCUGGUGCCAGAUCAGAUGUAUGUAUUGUGAGAACUAGGCUGGUACCAGAUCAGAUUUAUGUAUUGUUAGAACUAGGUUGGUACCAGAUCAGAUGUAAGUAUUGUUAGAACUAGGCUGGUACCAGAUCAGAUGUAUGUAUUGUGAGACCUAGGCUGGUACUUGAUAAGAUAUAUGUAUUGUGAGAACUAGUAUGGUACCAGCUCAUAUGUAUGUAUUGUGAGAACUAGGCUUGUACCAGAUCAGAUCUAUGUAUAAUGAGAACUAGACAAGAUCAGAUGUAAGUUUUGUCAGAACUAGUCUGGUACCAGAUCAGAUUUAUGUAUUGUGAUAACUAGGCUGGUACCAGAUCAGGUGUAUGUAAUAUGAGAACUAGGCUGGUACCAGAUCAGAUAUAUGUAUUGUGAGAACAAGGCUGGUACAAUAUUAGAUGUAAGUAUUGUGAGAACUAGGCUGGUACCAUCAUUUGUAUGUAUUGUGAAAACUUGGCUGGUAUCAGAUCAGAUGUAUGUAUUAUGAGAAAUAGGCUAGUACCAGAUCAGAUGUACUAGUAUGUAUUGUGAGAACUAGGCUUGUACCAGAUUAGAUGUAUGUAUUGUGAGAACUAGGCUGGUACCAGAUCAUUUGUAUGUAUUGUGAGAACUGGCCUUGUGCCAGAUCAGAUGUAUGUAUUUGAGAACAAGGCUAGUAACAGAUCAGAUGUAUGUAUUGUGAUAACUAGGUUGGUACCAGGUAACGUGUAUGUAUUGUGAGAACUAGGCUGGAACAAGGCAACGUGUAUGUAUUGUGAGAACUAGGCUGGUACCAGAUCAGGUGUAUGAAUUGUGAGAACUAUGUUGGUACCAGAUCAUAUGCAUAAAUUGUGAGAACUAGGCUUGUGCCAGAUCAAUUGUUUGUAUUGUGCGAACUGGGCAAGCGCCAGAUCAAUUGUAUGUAUUGUGAGAACUGGUCUGGAACCAGAUCAGAUGUAUUUAUUGUGAGAACUAGGCUAGUACCAGAUCAGAUGUAUGUAUUGUGACAACUCGGAUGGUACCAGAUCAGAUGUAUGUAUUGUGAGAUCUAGGCUGGUACCAGAUCAGGUGUAUGUAUUAUGAGAACUAGGCUAGGAGCAGAUCAGAUGUAUGUAUUUUGAGAACUAUGCUGGUACCAGAUCAGAUGUAUGUAUUGUGCGAACUAGGCUGUUACCAGAUUAGAUGUAAGUAUUGUGAGGACACGGCUGUUACCAAAUCAGAUGUUAGUAUUGUCAGAACUAGUCUCUGGUACCAGAUGAGAUGUAUGCAUAGUGAGAACUAGGCUGGUACCAGAUCAUAUGUAUGUAUUAUGAGAACUAGGCUGGUACCAGAUCAGAUUUUUGUAUUGUGACAAAUAGGCUAAUACCAGAUCAGAUGUAUGUAUUGUAAGGACUAGGCUUGUACCAGAUUAGAUGUAUGUAUUGUGGGAACUAGGCUGGUACCAGAUCAAUUAUAGGUAUUAGGAGAAAUAGGCUAGUACCAUAUCAGAUAUAAGUUUUGUCAGAUAUAGGCUGGUACCGGAUCAGAUAUAAGUAUUGGCAGAACUAGCCUGGUACCAGAUCAUAUGUAUGUAUUGUGGGAACUCUGCUGGUAUCAAACCAGAUGUAUGUGUUGUGAGAACUAGGCUGGUACCAGAUCAUAUGUAUGUAUUGUGAGAACUAGGCUAGUACUAGAUCAGAUGUAUGUAUUGUGAGAACUAGGCUGGUACCUGAUCAGAUGUAUGUAUUGUGCGAACAGGGCUGGUACCAGAUCAGAUGUAUGUAUUGUGAGAACUAGGCUGGUACCAGAUUUGAUGUAAGUAUUGUGAGAACUAGGUUGAUACCAGAUCAGAUGUAUGUAUUGUGAGAACUAGGUUAGUACCAGAUUAGAUGUAAGUAUAUGUAAGUAUUGUGAAGUUAGGCUGGUACAUAUUCAGAUGUAAGUAUUAUGAGAACUAGGCUGGUACCAGAUCAGAUGUUUGUAUUGUGAGAACUAGGCUAGUACCAGAUAAGUUGUAUGUAUUGUGAGAACUAGGGUAAUAUCAGAUCAAAUGUAUGUAUCGUAAGAACUAGUCUGGUACCAGAUCAGACGAUAAUGCUAAAAUUUCGGAUGCACAAUUGGAUUUAGAAAAGGAUGUUCAACUGUUGAUGCUAUUUACAUAUUGAUGUCUGUUGUGCAACAUGUUUUAUAUGAAAAUAAACGUUUGUAUGCUGUUUACGUCGAUUUACUUAAAUGUUUUGAUAGUAUAUAUCGUAAUGCGUUAUGGUUAAAAAUGUACAAAUCUGGUAUAAAAGGUAAAUUAUUAAUAAUAAUUAAGAAUAUAUAUGAAACUGUUAAAUCUUGUGUUAAGUCGUGUACAUCAUACUCUGAAUACUUAAGUUUUGCUGUCGGUCUAAGACAAGGAGAGGUACUGUCCCCGAUUCUUUUUUCACUGUUUGUAGAAGAUUUGGAACUUUUUUUACAAGAUAGCAACCUGUCUGGCUUAAAUAUAGACGACAUAACCUUUAUUUUAUUGUCAUUUGCAGAUGACAUGGCCAUUUUAGGCAAAUCGCCAGAAGAAUGAACCAUCUAGAUAAACUUUACCAGUAUUGUAAUUCAUGGGGGCUCAAUGUGAAUACUUCAAAAACAAAAAUAACGGGGUUUCGCAAAAGGGGUAAAAUUCGAGAUAAUAAAAAAUGGACAUAUAAUGGACAAAAUAUAGAAAUCGUCGAUAAUUUCAAUUAUCUCGGCACUGUUAUUAACUACACUGGUAGUUUCACUUUAAAUCAAGAACAUUUGGUUAGAAAAGCUCUAAAGGCGAUGCAUAUUUUACUCUAUAAAUGUAAGCAGUAAAGCUUAAGUUAAGCCAAAAUUAUUUUGUCAGUUGUUUGAUUCUUUUGUUGGGUCUAUUUGUUGCUAUGCAUCUGAAAUAUGGGGUUUUAAUAAAUCAAAAGAAAUCGAACGCAUUCAUUUAAAAUUUUGCAAAAGAUUGUUGAAUGUAAAUAUAAAUACAUGUAAUGCUGUAGUAUAUGGUGAGUUAGGCAGAUACCCGUUGUAUGUGAAAAGAUAUGUACGAAUUGUUAAAUAUUGGUUAAAAAUUGUUAACAGUAAAAAUAUUAUUAUACAAACUGUAUAUAUCCAAGCAUUGAAUGAUUGUAUUAAAGGAUGCAAAAAUUGGGUUGCAAAUGUUAAAAAAUUGUUAAAUGAAUACGGAUUUUCCCAUGUGUUUGAAACUGCAAAUACAACUAAUAGUAGUUCUUUUGUAUGUGAAUUUAAAUGCAGACUUAUUGACACCGCUAAGCAGGAAUGGUUUGGAAAUAUGAAUAGAAAUUCUGUUCUAGAUAUGUAUAGAAUUUUUCAAACCUCUCUUGAAUAUGAUAACUACUUGGAUUUAUUGCCUAAAAACCUACGUGUAUACUUUGAUAAAUUAAGGGCUUCGGCCCACCCGUUGAGAAUUCAGACCGGAAGGUACUCACGCAACAAUAUCCCUCCCUUGUGAGAAACAGUAUUGUCUUUGUUGUAAUCAACGGGACAUAGAGGAUGAAUUCCAUUUUAUUUGUUUUUUUUUGCAUGCUUUCGUUUACUACGUCAAAAAUACAUUAAACGUAUUUAUUACAUGAACCCAUCUGUUGUAAAGUUUCAUUAUUUAUUAACAUCAACAUGUAAAUUUGAAAUUAUUAAUGUAUGUAAAUAUGUUAAGGAAGCCUUAACUAUACGAAAUUCUAUUAUGAAUACCACUAAUUGACUUAAUAGUUUUUUUCUUAUUAAGUUCCCAUAAAUAUCUGUCACUUUUUUGCAUUGAUAUUAUGUGAAAUAAUUGUUCUUCUGUUUUUGUACUUUCUGCAAAAAUUAUACAAUAUAUACCAUACCCAAAUUAAACGUAAUAAUUUAUCCUUCCUGCCUUUAAAAAAGUAUGUUUCUUCUUUUCAAAAUCGUAGUUUUUUCUCUGUUCAUAUUUUGUUUUGAAAUUUCAAUGAAUUUACACAUUGAAUUUAUAAAUAUAUAUAUAAUAUUGUAUCAUUGAUUUUGUCAAAAUUAUUAUAUUUUGACACGUUACAUUGUUUAAUUUAUAAAUAUAUGCAUUAAAGACGAUGUACAUAUGUAUAAGUCUGAAUAAACUGUCUGUUCUGUU